CCUCUCUCUUGUAUGUUGGUGACAAUCUCGCUUCACUAUUUGAUUGGGACAGGGCCAUUCCAUCCGUAUUGACAGUUCAUUGAUUAUAGUAUUUAUAUCGUGUACAAAAAAGAAAUCAAAAAUGAUAUUCAGAAUUGCCACGAAAGGUAUAAAGACCUUAAAUUUACUGAACCUUGUGCGUCCUUGUUAUUACCAGCUCAGAAACUUAAAUGUCCAGGAGCAUGUCAGUUACACACUACUGAGAGAGGCAGGAAUACCAGUGCCUAAAUUUGGGGUAGCAAAAACAAAACAGGAAGCUAAAGAAAUUGCCAAAAAGCUAAAUACAAAAGACCUUGUAGUUAAAGCACAGGUUUUAGCGGGAGGACGAGGGAAAGGAACAUUCAAAAAUGGGUUUAAGAGUGGAGUGCGGAUGGCUUUUACACCGGAAGAAGUAGAAGACAUAGCAGGAAAAAUGUUGGGCCAAUACUUGGUAACCAAACAAACUGGCGAGAAAGGAAGGAUUUGUAAUUUAGUGAUGGUGACUGAACGUAAAUUUCCUAGAAAAGAAUUUUAUUUUGCAGUAAUGAUGGAGCGUUCAUUUAACGGACCAGUUCUGAUCGCCUCUUCGCAGGGAGGUGUAGACAUUGAAGAAGUGGCCGCCGAAAAUCCCAAAGCAAUCGUUUAUGAGCCAAUUGAUCCGGUUACAGGAUUAAAAAAGCAACAGGCCGAAAAAAUGGUCAGCACUGUUGGCAUUCGUAAUCAAAAAGAAAAAAUUACCGAUAUUUUGAUGAAAAUGUACGACCUUUUUGUGAAAAAAGACGCGUUGUUAAUAGAAAUCAAUCCUUUUGCUGAGGACACUCAAGGUUCAUAUUUUUCGUUAGACGCCAAAUUCCUUUUUGACGACAACGCCGAAUUCCGUCAAAAAGACCUCUUCUCUAAACGCGACUGGUCUCAGGAAGACGAAAAAGAAGUACUAGCAGCAAAAUUCAACUUGAACUACAUCGCCCUAGAUGGCACCAUCGGAUGUAUGGUAAAUGGCGCAGGACUAGCCAUGGCUACCAUGGAUUUGAUAACUUUGUAUGGUGGUGCUCCAGCGAACUUUCUUGAUGUCGGCGGUGGAGCUGAUGAACAAGCUGUGAAGGAAGCUUUUAAGAUCAUCACUCUGGAUCCGCACGUGCAGACGAUUUUGGUGAAUAUUUUUGGAGGAAUCAUGAGAUGUGACAUCAUAGCGCAAGGUAUCAUUGCAGCUGCUAAAGAUCUCCAUUUGCACACUCCUAUAAUAUGUAGAUUGCAAGGUACCAACGUCGAUGAUGCCAAAGUUUUGAUUGCCAAAUCCGGAUUAAAGAUUUUACCUGUUAACGACAUUGACGAAGCUGCCAAACUGGCUGUUAAGUUAUCGAAUAUCGUAAGCCUAGCGAAAGAGUCCCAUCUAGAAGUCAAUUUUGAAAUGCCCUUGUAAUUGAUGCCAUGAAAUGCCAUUUUGAUUAUUUUUCACAACUUCGAAAGUUUGUAUACCUUCUUAUUCUAUGUAUAAAAUAAAAACAUACAAUUAA